CAAUGAUCUCAUCUAACAAAACUAUUUCUCUUAAUCCAAAAUUCAAAAAUAUCGUCAUGAUCAUAACCUCUUCUUAGAUCAAUAAUAAUGGCGUUAAUAUCAAAUUAACAAGUAUUAAUCCAAAUUAUUAACCCUUUCCGAACAGGAUGGCCUUCUGGAUGAUCAGCAGGCUGAUCACUGUUCCAGUACUCAUCGGCCUCCUGUCCCUCCUCCUCCUCCACCCUAUCGCCACAACCACCUCUGCCACAAUAGCCAUCCGCCUCGCCGUCCUCCGCCGCCCCACCCUCGAUCUCCCACUCUUCCACGAGGCACCAGCUUUUCGCAACAGCGAGCUUUAUUGCCAUAUUAAUCUUUCUUCUACGGCGCCAUCCACCAACGGUGAAGAGCAUAACUUUAUCCACGUGGUGAUGACGUUGGAUGCUAAUUAUCUACGUGGCACUAUGGCUGCUGUGCUGUCAAUGCUCCAGCACUCCACGUGUCCCGAAAAUCUCUUCUUCCAUCUCAUCACGGCGCGUGCAGAGGAGGAUCAAAGCCACGCGCCAGAGCUUCUCCAAUCCAGUAUCAAUGACACCUUCCCUUAUCUCAACUUCUCCAUAUACCGCUUCGACGCUAGCCGGGUUCGGAGCAAGAUAUCCAAGUCGAUCCGACAAGCGUUGGAUCAGCCGCUAAACUAUGCCCGGAUCCACCUCGCGGAGAUCUUACCGACCCACGUGAGCCGGGUCAUAUAUCUGGAUUCGGAUCUCAUCGUGGUGGAUGACGUGGCGAAGCUGUGGAACGUGGAUAUGGGUGGGAAGGUGGUGGCGGCACCGGAGUACUGCCAUGCAAACUUCACACAGUAUUUUACUGACGGGUUUUGGUCCGACCCGGAUUUGUCGAAGACGUUCGAGGGGAGAAACCCGUGUUAUUUCAACACGGGGGUGAUGGUGGUGGACGUCGGAGCGUGGAGGAGAGGAGGGUACACGAGGCGAGUGGAGGAGUGGAUGGCGUUGCAGAAGAGCAGGAAGAGGAUAUACCAUUUGGGUUCGUUGCCUCCGUUUUUGCUUGUGUUUGCUGGGAACAUCACGGCCGUUGAUCAUAGAUGGAAUCAGCAUGGUUUAGGGGGUGAUAAUUUUGAAGGGAGAUGUCGGACCCUCCACCCGGGUCCGAUUAGCUUGCUCCAUUGGAGCGGGAAAGGUAAGCCUUGGUUGAGGUUAGAUUCUAGGAAGCCCUGCGCCGUUGAUCAUCUUUGGGAGCCUUAUGAUCUCUACCGUUCGUCUAGACAUUCUUUAGAAGAGUGAAAUAAGAAACAAAAAAACAAAGGAGAGGGAAAGAUUCUAUGCACGGAAGAAUAGAGAAAGAAGUGAAGUGAUGCCAUUCUUAUAUAUACUAUAUACAUAUAUAUAAAAGUUAAUAGCUUUGU